AUGCAAUGGAUUGCAGGGGCUCGACCAGCGAUGCUCGUGUGUUUCCGCCGGGCGCCGGGCAGCAACCAGCAGGCAGGAAGCGCUGCCCCUGUUCCAUCGGGGGCGAAGUUCUUUCAACGGGCCAGCCAGCUCCAGUUUCCAGGCUUUGCAGCCGGUGCAUCGAUCGAGUCGAGAAAAUCUCAGCCCGAUCGCAGCGGGCGCUUGCAGCGUCCGGACUCGAGGGUAGACACGCGUUCUCCAGACGUGCGUGUCUUUGGCGGCUCGAGAAAAAGCUGGAUCCUCGAACGGUGCCGAAGCCAAAGUCUCAGCAGCGAUCAAACGACUGCCAGGCCAGGCCUUCCUGCACUGCUUGGGGGCGUUUAA